AUGAACUUCCUCCAUGUUUUUACAGAACACCGUCAAACUAAUUAUGAUCCACCGCCACAAAAACAGCAAAAGAACGGUCAGUCCUUAACACCAGCAGAGGCAACACAAUCAACAAUUACCGUGCAAUUUCAUCAUAUCGGCAUUAUUGAACGCUUCACUAUCUCUCCUCAAGAUGAAUCAAUCUUAUUUGUACCAGAGAUUCUAAUUCAAUCACAACCCGUUUCGUAUGAAGUUCAUAUUCCCAUGACAACAAAUUCAUCAUACGAUAGAAUAAAUGCCGCGAUACAAGAGUUGCCAAUCUUGAGAAGAAUGGGAAUUGGCAAAGAAAAUCGAAAAGACAUUAUUGAAGAUCUGAAUACAAAUAUGGAAUUGUAUUUUAAAAACAACAGUACUGAUAAUGUCUGUAAUGUCUUAUUUAGUGUUUAUAUAGCUGAUGCGAUGUAUGAAUUACUAGAGUACAGCGAAUAUGAAGAAGAACUUAUCACGAUUGCCGAAUUGCAGUCCAUGGAAGAUGAAGUCAAGCUAAUACCUGCUAGUAAAUUAUCCAUUCAAGAAUUGGAAAAACUGGCGGUUCAUAAUCCCGAGUACUCGUGCAGGAUAUGCUUGGACGAGAUUGAGAUGGGGAAUGAAGCAAUCCGGAUGCCAUGUUCGCACUGUUAUCACCAUGACUGCAUUGUCCAGUGGUUGCAGAUUAGCCACUCAUGUCCAAUCUGUCGCUAUGAGAUGCCCGCAGAAUUAGAACCACCUAUAGAAGAAAACAGAGAGCCAAAUGAAGGACAGGAAUAG